AUGGGAUCUGGUUGGACUCUAAAGUUUGCGGUCUGUGAGCUGCUGCAGUUUGCUGCUCUGGCCACGCCCCUCUUUGUGGUGAUGCAGCGGUUUGCAGCCAUCGUCUCGCGGGCGAAACAGGAAGCAGUUCCACCGGGAGACGCCCUCACGGCCUACUGGCUGAUCGUAGCAUCAGGUGUGGCCUACAUCACCACCGUGGCUCUACUGGUGUGGCUGCCACUCAAGUACAUGGUGUUUAUGAAGAAGAGGAGCUUCAGUGGCCACAGGAAAUGGAGGCCCGUGGCGUUAGCGUAUGUGAUCUUGUCCACCCUGCCCUGCUUUGCCUUCCUUAUCGCCAGCUCAGAGGUGCAGGUGGUCAAUAGCAUGUAUUACGACACGUUUGAUGAGCUGCCAGUGUCUUUGGUGCUUUUCUCCGUCAUAUGCAUCGACAUUGUGGAGAGGAUCCGCCACUGCAGACUUACUGGACAAGCCAGUGAGCUGGACCGAGACUCGGACAUCCCCACUCUGACCCACUUGGAGCCGGUGACCCCUGUCAACGCCACGGCAACCGGCACAGCUGCCGCAGCAACACUUCCUGGGGGCGGAGCCGAGCAGAACGGGGCGCGGGCCUUGCGUCCCGGGGAGGCCAAUGGGACGGCUGGAGGCAUGGCUGUGGGCGGGACUGACCCAAGGACCCGCCCUUUCACUGUAGGAAGCCCACACCCAAGCCCUGCGUCCUCGGUCGUCACGGCGAUGCGAUUCCCGCCGCCAUACUCCGGCCCACUGCGGCUACUGCUGGCGAGCGACGCACGCGCGGACGAGUUUGGCCACGCCUUCCUGUUCUGGCUGGACACGGCCGAGCUGCUGCGUGCCGGAGGCCGGCCGGACGUCUGCUUCUCCCGCUGGGUCUUCCCGCUCUACAUCUGCGGCUUCCUGUCCUGCCUGCGCCUCAUCCUGGCUCCAUGCUGCCCCCUGCUGGCCCCUCUGGGCGUGCUGCUGCAGGACCUGCCCUUCCUCUUCCUGCGGGGGGCGCUGUUGGGCGCGUUCGGGCGCAUCUCUCCCCUCCUCUACCUGCUCAAGAACCUGCUGGUGUGCUUGGCCUACGUCUACUUCAAUUUCAUGACCAAGCUGCGCGUCUUCAACACUCAGAGGAUGUUCUGA